AUCGUCUCACGUUAGCCGCUUUUCGUAGAUGUUUACAGAGGAAAGAAUGGGCAAAAGUGUCUAUAGGUGUGUUGAAUGUAAUGAAAAAGCAACGGAGCUGCACCGGGAUUACAGUAACGGGAUCCUGAAGAUAACUAUAUGUGAGUCCUGCCAGAAGCCAGUGGACAAGUACAUAGAAUAUGACCUUGUAAUCAUCUUGAUUGAUGCCAUUUUGUGCAAGACGCAGGCUUUCAGACACAUUUUGUUCAACACAAGCUUGAAUAUCCACUGGAAGUUGUGUGUGUUCUGCCUGCUGUGUGAGGCUUACCUCAGGUGGUCUCUGCUCCAUGGCUCUGAGCAGAGCAGUGACCCUGCUGACAUUAUCAGGUACACCAAGGAGUGGGAGUUUUACGGCAUGUUUGGAUUAGCCGCCCUCGAGCUGUCAGCGUUCUGUGGCACUGUACUGUGGGUCCUUUGGGUGGUGGUGUGCCAUCUGCAGGGUGGGAACCUAGAGUUCAGCCUGGUCAUCAGAGCCCUGCUGCUGUCCUGCUACGGGAAGGUCCUCCUCAUACCUGCUGUCAUCUGGGAGCAUGACUACUCCCCGCUCUGUCUGGGCCUCAUCAAACUGUUUGUGCUCACUUCAAACUCACAGGCCAUCAGAGUGAUCCUGAACAGCAGUAGACGUCUAUCACUGAUGGCUGUGUGUUUAGGCCUGCUGUCAGAGAUCUGUGUGGCUCAGGCCUGUAAAAAGCUUCCAUGGAGCAUCCAGGACAUGUUGGCAUUCGAAUGAACAUCUGCUGUGACUGAGAUGAAAGUCACUUAUCUCAGGGAUGAACAAGUGAUCGUGGAUGCCAAGCUGUGGCAGCAUGAGGGAGUUUUUGAUGGACCUUCUGCACACGGGGCUGGAGAAGAAGUGGUUUUUCUUCAAGUUCCCUUUUUAUUGUUUUGUUUUUUCUUUUGCUGCUCAUGCCAACCAGUCAGUUCUGUUAAUUUCAAAACAGCUAGAAACAUGAGAAGCAUUGCUUCCUGUGUGGCAGAGACACCCAGUGCAAAUGCCUUAAUGAACUGGCUACAGAUUGAGGUAGUGUUACGCUGCUCAGUCGGAGACAGAGCAGGAGAAGAGAAAUUUACUUCUCAGAAAAUGCUGAUGGCUUUUUGUUAACUUGCAAUACACAUGUCAAAUAAAGAGAGACUGUGGUUUUACUCUUUUACAA